AUGUCUCUCACCCCAGAAUUAAUUCGUCGUAGGCGUCAUUCAGGAUCAAUAGCAGUUCAAGCACUCGAUCGCAUUAGACAGCAGCUAUCCGAAGAAGAACCGGAGUCCGCAUUCAUUCCUCCCCAGCGUCCAAAAUCCACCCCAGUGGACGAAAGACCUCAGCGCGACCUUCCCGAACAUAGCCCGGAAAGACCUAUUCGCCCACUCCCAUCCUCUAAGGCACGAAAAAUGGCUACUUCAUCUGCAAAGCCAACACCCCCAAAUCCUUCCAUGCUACCGGUACAAGCGCACGUGCCCAGGGGCGGUCCGGCCUCCACGCAACGCAGACUAUUUGUGAUACUGGAUCAGGCAUGCCUCGAGGCAUACCGGGUUACCAGUGGUGGGAGGAGCAAGGGUGGUAGAGAGGGCGAAGUCAAGUACACUCUCCUCAAUUGCGACGAUCACCAGGGAAUCCUUGCCAAGACCGGGAGGGACAUUGCGGAUGCUCGUCCAGACAUUACCCAUCAGUGUCUUCUGACUCUUCUGGACUCGCCCCUUAACAAGGCAGGCCGGCUGCAGGUGUACAUUCACACUGCAAAAGGUGUCCUCAUCGAGGUUAACCCUCAUGUGAGAAUACCUCGGACGUUCAAGCGCUUCAGUGGCUUGAUGGUUCAACUUCUUCACAAGCUCUCCAUCCGUGGCGUCAACGGUCCGGAGAAACUGCUUAAAGUGAUCAAAAACCCCGUGACCGACCACCUCCCUGUAAACACGAUUAAACUGACGCUAUCUGGCGACGCGCCGACCGUUCGUUUAUCAAAAUAUCUACAAACAUUACCCGAGACCCACUCCAUUGCUAUAUUCGUCGGCGCUAUGGCUCGUGGACGAGAUAACUUUGCCGAUCAUAUAGUGGACGACAAAAUUGGUAUUAGCGACUACCCCCUCAGUGCAUCUGUCGCUUGCGGGAAGUUCUGUUGUGCUCUUGAAGAACUUUGGGACAUUCUUUAA